UAUUUAAUUAAAAUGUAACACAAUAUUUUUCUAAAACACAAAUAUUGACGCAUUUUAAAAUUUUAUCAAAAAUGUAUUGUAGUACAAGUUGAAGUUUGAUAGAGCAUAUAUAAAUAACUGCAUAAAAAACUUUAGUUUGAAUAUUACUUUUCAGUGUAGUUAACAUUUUAUUUUAAGAUGUUUUUCCAUAUCUUGAGUUCAAUAAUUUCGAUAAGUUUUAUCAUACAUGGUGUUCAAUCAAUGGGAUGUAUAAUCAAAGAAGAUUUAGACUAUCAUGUUUUAGCGAAUAAGUAUUAUGACUUACAACAAAUAAAUACAGGUUGUAAAAAAGAAGAACAGUUAAGUCGAAAUGAAGUCCAUGUUCUACCUCCACUCACCGAAUCACGACGUGAUUGGAAAACGCUAACUGACAAAGUUGUUGAAAAAAUUAAAAAGCAAUACAAUAAUUUAAAAUGUAGUUACAUAUUUAGUGCAUAUUUUCAUUUUCAAACGAUCAAAUACUUUUUGCAGAAUGGAAAUAAUAUACAAUCAUUAUUGAAAGAAGAACAAAUUCAAUGGCUCAUGUUUAAUGAAGAAUCAGUUGAUAUGCUUGCGUCUAUGUGGAAUGUAGGUAUAGGAGAUGAAAUUAAUGAAAUAUGGUACAUGCAUCUGUAUAACGACACUUUAAUGAACUUUAUACAAAUUGCUUUAUUAAAAGGCGUUGAUGAGAAUUUUAUAAAUAAUAUCCUCUUAGCAAAUGAUUCUGUUACUCAGGUUUUAGAGAAGUUUACUGACAAAAAUUGUCACCAAGAAAAUAAAUUCAACUAUAAAAAUAAAAACUCAAUUCUGUUUAAAAAAUAUAUACAACUUAAAUCUAACCCCGAAUCAAUUCCAUUGAGACUAGAAAUAAUUGCCUCCAAUAAAUAUCAAAUCAAUGAUCUCAUAGAAUCUAAUAUAAAAAAUGGCGUUUUUAUAGAAGGAAAUAAAUAUUUUUCUACAAAUUGGCUUUUUUUGAACAAUAUAUUAAACAGCAUAGAGAUAACUAAUUACAUACUUGAAUCGUUUCAAAUUCAAAUAAAUGGUAUAUCUAUUUCUGAGAGGCUGUUAAAUAACUUUUAUGAAAUGCAGCAAUCAAUACAUUUAUCUUUAUUCAAUAGAAUAAAAAAAAUUGAAGACUACAUUCAAGGUAUUUUAAACUUUUUUAAGGCCAUUUUCUUGCGUAUUGUGUGGAAAUAUUUUUCGUACUGCAACCAUUUGUUCCAUUUACAUAGGACAAAUGAUAUAAAAUCUAUAAGGGCUACGGGUUUUCAAAUAUUUGGUAGUCUUCGAAAAGUAUUAAAUAAAAGUCAUAACGUAAUAAUUAAUUGUUUAGAAGACUUUGUACAGUUUUUUGAUCUCCGUAAAGAUAUUGAUUUGUUAGAAAUACAUAAAAUGAUUCAGGACAAAAAUUCUAACAAAAAAUCAGGAGUAGAUUUGAUUAUUGAAAAAAUUAAGUCAGUUCUAAAUAAUCUCUUUUCUAAUUCAUUUUAUAUAAAUGGUGAGAAAGAAGAAAACUUAGAGUUUUCGGCUGAACUUGAAAGAAGGUUACAAACCUUUUGUCAUGUAAAUCACCUAAAUGUAAUUGAAGAAAAUGUAAAUAUUACAGUGAGAUAUAGUGUUUACAACGCUAAAGUGUUUCUUGCGUAUCUUAAAAGGGAAUUGAAUAACAUCAGUUUUAAUGUCAUACAAUCGUUUUUGAAGUUCUCUCGAGAAUUGAAAAUGGAAAAUAAUAAGGUGGAAAUACAUUCAACUAAACAUUUAAGUAUAGCUAAUUUCGUAGAUUUGUCAAAAGUUUCAUUUUAAGUUUUAUUUAAGUUUAUUUUUAUCCAAAUAAAAAUUAUAAUACAAUAAAUAAAAUACCUACACUAACGUAAAGAAUAUUUUUGCUUACUGAUCAAAAAGUUAUUUUUAGAUUAUUUUACUAAUUUUCGAAUAUUGUACCUUAAUAAUAAACCGUGAGUAUCAAGUUAAUGAAAUAAAUAUAAUAUUAUAUUUUAAAAAGAUACAACUGUAUGAAAAAAAUUAAUGCACAAUUGUUUUUAAUUUUUGUAAAACAACCUUUUGUUUACCUAACUGCCAUCAUUAAGUAAAUCGCUAAAUGCCGAAAGGGAAUAAAUUUAUUUUUAUAAUUUAUUAUUUUGCAAAAUAAUAAAAACGAAUUAUUUUAACAAAAAUUUGUAUUAUAAAGUAGUAAACAUAAUUUACUACUAUGGAAUCAAAUCCGAGCACUUAAAAAUCAAAUAUUGUUGUAAUAUACUCGUCACUAUUAUAAUAUGAAAUAACAGUGGGCUACUCGUGUUCACAAUAAUAGAUUUUCAUUUAAUCUUUUCAUUUAUGACUAUUAACACUUAUUUAUAAAUUAUAUUCAUAUGCUUAAAAUAACAUGAUUGUUUUUAAAUAAAUAAUUCAGAGAAUAUUUA